AUUUUUGAGCAGAGUACGUAGCCUGUCUAUGCGGCCUGUUAUUUUUCGUCACUAAGCAAGUUGAGGCUUAAUUUGUCAUAUCAGUAUAUUUUUUUCAACGGAGACAGACACAUUUAUAGACCUUGCCCAGCGACGCAUUAUGCUACUUUAGAAAUAUAUUUGCUGCACUUUCUUUUAGUAUUUGAGUGGUAGAAAAUACCAUAUUUUGCUGUUCGCUUCUGUGUGGCGUUUUAGUUUCAUGGGAUAAAGAAAAUAUAUUUUCUUUAAUGAGUGUGUAGGCCAUUGUGCUGGACUGUAUGUCAGACGUUUUCGUUAUUAUUUAGGCGCGUUUAUAGUAAGACUGCAGUGAAAACACUGACUUGCAACUAAUUCAACUUGACUUGUAACUAAUUGUUGGCUAAAGUCGCUAUCAGAAUGACCGAGGACAAUGUCACGAAAAGUAUUGAAAUCAUUAAAGAUCAACUGUAUUUCGCAGUACUGCAGCAGAAGAUAAAAAGCACAGCUGACAGACAUUGCUUCUGCAUAGAUGAUGAGCUGUCAUAUGAAAACUUCUAUGCAGACUUUGGCCCGCUCAACCUGGCCAUGUUUUAUCGCUUCUGUUGCAAGCUCACUAAAAAGCUCAAGUCGUGCACACUAGCAAAGAAGAAGAUAGUCUUCUACACCUGUGGAGAUCAAAAGAAACAAGCCAACGCUGCUUAUCUCAUUGGUUCAUAUGCAGUGAUGCAUCUUCAGAAGACGCCAGAGGAAGCCUACAGUCUACUGGUGUCCAGGAACUCUACCUACUUACCCUUCAGAGAUGCCUCUUUUGGAACCUGCAUGUACAAUCUGAACAUUCUAGACUGCCUGUGCGCCAUAUACAAGGCUCUGCAGUUUGGCUGGCUUGAUUUCUCCCAGUUUGAUGUGGAGGAAUACGAACAUUAUGAGAGAGCAGAAAAUGGAGAUUUCAACUGGAUAGUUCCUGGAAAAUUCCUAGCGUUCAGCGGUCCUCAUCCAAAAAGCAAAAUGGAGAACGGUUACCCUCUUCAUGCUCCCGAGGCCUACUUUCCUUACUUCAGGAAACACAAUAUCACAACCAUCGUCCGUCUCAACAAGAAGAUGUAUGACGCCAAGCGUUUCACCGACAUGGGCUUCGAGCACCACGACCUCUUCUUCGUGGACGGGAGCACGCCAAACGACUCCAUUGUCAGGAUGUUCCUCAACAUCUGUGAGAACGCAGACGGAGCUAUUGCUGUUCACUGCAAAGCUGGUCUGGGUCGAACAGGCACCCUGAUAGGCUGCUACAUGAUGAAGCACUACCGCCUGACUGCGGCUGAAGCCAUCGCCUGGAUGCGGAUCUGCCGCCCCGGAUCAGUCAUCGGACCACAACAAAACUUUGUGGAAGAUAAGCAGAGCAGUCUGUGGUCGGAGGGUGACGUGUUCCGGGAGAAAAUGAACGAGCAGGAAAACGGCAAGCUGGCUGUCACCAGGAUCCUGUCGGGGGUUGAUGACAUCACCAUCAAUGGCAGCAACAAGAACAAGAUGUCCAAGAAAGAAGAGGCGGAACUGUAUAAUGACGAUGAGGAGAUGAAUGGCAUCACGCAGGGUGAUAAACUGCGAGCCCUGAAAAGCAAGAGACAGGCCAGAGCAUCCACAGGCUCCCUAUCACAAGAAGAAAAAAACAUCCACAGCAGGUCAUCGCAGUCUUUAAGGAUUCUCCUUCAGUCCAGUGGGCAGAGCUGUAAAGCUGUGGUGAACCCCUCCCAUCUCCCUGAUGCCUCCGAGAAAAGGAAGAGAACCAGAACCUCACUGCCUGCCAAUAGUGUGGGGGGCAGCUCCCUGUGCCACUCCAGACUAGCCAGGUCUCUAGACAGCAUGCAUGUAGUGACCAGUGACAGAGAGCCAGUGUGCCGUGAGCCCAGUUGUUGCCGUAGAGACACGGUCAACCUGCCCAACCUAAACAUGCUGCAGGCCCCUCGGAAGGCAAGCCCCUCCUCAACCCUUUCUCUGGGCUCAACCUCACUCUCUCCUACUCUGCGGGUCCCCCACACACCAAGGUCACUCCAUACCAAAAGCUAGAGCUCCUCUACUGCGCUGAGCCUGGGGUCCUGGAAUUCUAAGAGUGGACUCCUGUAGAAGUCUACCCUACAGCUCCUAAAAAUUGAGAUUUUGUUUUCAUUUCUUAAAAGAGACUGUUUUUUUUAUUUUUAUCUUGAACCAGUCCAGUCGAUUUUUGAUAAAGGGAUGAUGUUCGAUGAGGAAAUGAUGCAUCUGAUUGUGAAUGGGAAGAACGAGUUAUCAGAUAUGAUUAAGAUGUAAACCAUGUUUGGUUGGUUUGGAAUUAAUUUGCCAAUUCUUUUUAUCAAAAGGCACUUAUUUUAUUGUAUAUUUCACUGUUUAUCGUGGAAGAAAAUGUAAAAAAGGUUGAGUGCAUCUUAAAAUGAAACCCUGUUCUCUAUACAUUAGUCCUGGCCAUAAGUAAUGGGAAUAGAGUUCCAUUUCACACAUUUGUUGCCUGCUUGUUUACAUACUAGUAGAAGGUUGCCAUAGCAAUCCAGGCUGAUCCUGAACCAUCAGACUGUCAAUCUGCUUUUUGGUGAAGGUCCUCGAGAGGUAGGCACCGUCCACUUUUCUUAACCUGUUGUAUGAUCUAGAUCAGGUCAUGUCCAGCUGUUUGGAAGUUGAGGUGUUUUGUAGAUGAAAUCAUUUGUGAAAAGCUCAUGUCGGCCCUCUUGAACAUGCACCAUGUCUACUCUAGGGGGUAAUCACUUUGGGGAGCAUCUUUCAGAAUGUUAUAGACAGAAAUGUAAUGCACCGAAGUAAUACAAUGCCACCCUCUUUUUUAAAAAUAAUGAAUGGUUUGUCCAGAGUUGUAAAUCCUCAUUUCGCUUGUUGUAUUUCACUUGGCUCCGUUCAAUCCGUAGCGCAGGAAGUUCAACGUUCCCGAUUGAUUGAAAUUGAAUGGCAAUGUUCCAGCGUUAGCAGACACUGCAUUCUGGGUAAACUCUGCAUAUGUCCGUUCAAUCAGAAAUGAUCUUUACAUCUCUAGCGCUUCAGCGACGCAGACUGAAUAGCACCCUUAAUAUGCUCCAGCUUUCUUUCAUUCUCCAGUGAAGCUUCCAGUCGGUUGUCUUUUUUUGUUGAGCUGCUGUACUUAAACUGUAAAUAAGUCAACAUUUUGAUAUACUGAAAAAUGUAUUUGUACUUUGUAAAUAUUUUUGUACUUGUUAUGAUCAACCAUGCUAUCAAUUGUAAUCAGUCUUACAUACAAAAUGGUCCUAAAGGGGCCUCAUCUCAUUCAGAAUUAUCGUGCAUUAUAUAUCUGCUCGGAGCACAUGGAGUAUACCAGCUUUCUAAAAUUAAAUGCCACCAAUUGUACUGAC